GGGUGGAUUUUAAUUUAAAAGAGAGGUCGAAAACCUUUUAUUAUUUAAGAAUUUGAAAAAAAAAUUAAUUUACAGUUUUCAAUAAGUAAUUAAAAUGAUUCUCAAUGAAGCACCGUUUUAGGCAGUAAUUGCAAUAUGUUUCAGUCAAAAACAAUGUGAUAAACCUUAAAUUACUAGCCAUUCAAAUCAUGGAUCAAGAAAAAUCGAACAUUGAAUACAGCCUACUACACCGUUUCAUAGUAUGGCGCAGAAAAAAACGAAUGUCCAUAAUAAUGCUCAUAAUUUUCCUGCUAAUGGUCGUAUUUGCCCUGCAAUUUUACCUCAUCGAUCAAAAGGGCAGGUUAAAUGCCGAAAUCAACGAAAAAGAGGACGAGGCUUUUAUGCAGAGCAUCAAAGUCAAGUUUAUCGAGGCGGCAAAAUUGAAUAGUCAAGAACAAAAUGGAAAUAAAAGGAUUUUGAAGGAUGUUGAGAGGUUGAAACGGUUGGAACAACCCAGUAGGGAUGAGAUUAUUGCCAAAAGGCAAACAGAAAAAGUACCAGAAGCGUUCGAAACAGACCAGCAACUAGGCAUCCCAUACGUAAUAACCAAUCAAAAAAACCCGUACAUACCCAAGCACAGAAUAGUACAUUUUGACUUAAAAGGGGCUCCACCUACAAUAGAUUACUUCAAAAAAAUCAUAUCUCUAUCAAAAAACGCUGGAGCUACAGGCAUUUUAAUCGAAUACGAAGACAUGUUUCCCUUUACUGGCAUUCUGGCCCCUCUAUCGGCCAAAAACGCUUAUAAAUUGGAACAAGUAAAGGAAAUUUUACAUUAUGCAGAGGAAUUGAAACUGGAAGUUAUCCCACUUGUGCAAACCUUUGGACACAUGGAAUUUGCUUUAAAAUAUAAGGAAUUUGCACAUAUUAGAGAAGUCCCUGGCAGUCCUCAAGCUUUAUGCCCCAGCAGAAAUUCCUCCCUAGAUUUCAUCAAAGAAUUGAUAAAGCAAAUCUUAGACUUGCACCCUAGCACAAAAUACCUUCACAUUGGUUGUGACGAAGUCUUUGAAAUGGGCGAAUGUGAAAUUUGCCGCACCGAAUUACAUGAAAACCUAUUUCUCAAACAUGUGCAAAAUGUGGCUAAAUUAGUCCACGAGAAAAACCCCAAAGUUCAAGUGAUUAUAUGGGACGAUAUGUUGAGGCACAUUUCCUUGCAGACGCUUCAAUCUUUUAAAAUUGGAGAUAUGGUCGAACCUAUGGUGUGGGUUUACGCCGAAGAUAUUUACAGAUUUGUACAGCCUACGAUUUGGGAUAAAUAUGCCGGAGUUUUUAAGACUGCAUGGACUGCGUCUGCUUUUAAAGGUGCUUUUGGUGAAACUUUAUAUAUCCCAAACGCCCGCAGACAUCUGGAAAACAACCUCAGAUGGUUAGACGUAAUGUCCACCCAAUCUAUAUCCUUCAAACGAGGUUUUAGAGGUAUAGUAUUAACAGGCUGGCAAAGAUACGAUCACUUUGCCGUACUGUGUGAACUUUUACCAGCCGCUUUGCCCUCGCUGAUAUUGAAUUUACUGGCAACAAGCCACGGGUUUUUCAAUGUUACUCAGAAAGAUCAGUUUCUGAGCGCGUUGAGCUGUCCUAGACAAAGCGACAACAGAAGGCCUAUUCCGUUUCUGAGUUUGGAUUCUGAUCCUAAUAUGUGGGAAAAGUUGGCUAGAUGUUUGUUUCCUGGAAAUGAAUUUUUCAAGCUAAUGUAUCGUCUGCACAAUAUGGAAAAUGAAGCAAAAGAGUAUUUAGAUGUUACUACAAAACAAAGAGGCUGGAUGACUGCUUAUAAUGGAAAACACAAUUACAGCUUACCUUUAAGAGUAGAUGAACUCACUCAAGAAUUACCAAGAGUUUAUCAUGGCAUGAUUAAUUUAGCUAGAAAUACAGUUGAUUCUUUGGGUAAAUGGUUCGACAAUUAUACAAUAUCCGAAUGGAUCGAACAAAGAAUAUAUCCCUAUAUGUUAGAAUUGGAAAAAAUUCAAAAUCAAAGUACGACUUUGAAAAAUGUGAUGUAUUGGCCUGCGAGGCCUUUGCCAAUUUUAAAAGAACUACAACGUCACGGUAUAGCUAUAGGACUCAAUUAGUUAUAUUGCACCUCUCUCUUAUUGAUGUCGCUAAUAAUUUUUGACUUUUUAUAAUUAUUGCAGUUUUACUGCACAAAAAGAGACUGAAUUUUUUAAAUUUCAUUUCACAACAAUCAUGACAAUUCUGGCUAAAAGUUGUUGGGAAACAUGUUUAUUCUAGUCAAAAAUAUGAACAAAUUUUCUGUUUUUCUAAUUUGAUAUUUUAGUGGCUGUGUUGAAUUUUCAAAAUUUGUAUUGAAAAGAAAUUUCUUUGUAGUAUUUAAUUAGAUGAGAAUCUCCAAGAAAAAAUUGAGUUAAGAUUUUAUUUAUUUUAUAAAUUAUGUAGGUUGUUAAAUUCUACUAUACACUGUUUUAGAUUUUUAAGUACAAAUCAUAUUUGAUAGUCUACUGUAAGAGUUUUGGGGUUGUUAGCCUGUGUAUCAUCAAAUAUUCUAGAAUUUAAAUAAAUAUACAAUCAUUAAUAAUUAUUUAGUAAGAUAAUGCAUCUUGUUUCACUUUAGAUUAGGAUUUUGAGGAAAAUGUACCUUUUCAUGUUUCGAUGUUUUUCUGGAAAACUAGCAACAGGAAUAUUUUGAAACUUUUUGAUUAUUCAAAAACUGUACGUAUGAUUGAAUUCCUACUAACAUGGACAGAAAGAGACUCAUCUCAGUGAAAUUUCAAAAUGAUCCAGUGAAAAAUAGCUACAAGAGCAAUUGAGCAAUUCAUGAAAAUCAACUUAAAUUAUGCAAAAAUGCACCUAUCGACAUUUCGAUAUUUUUUUGAAAAUCCAUUGAAGAGGAAAUUUUGAAACUUCUAGAGUAAAAAGAGAAAAGUUAAGAACUCCUUAUACUUAAAUACAAAUGUAAAUUAGAAUAAAACACUACUUCAUCAUAAUAAAUUAAUUUUAUAUUUAAAACCAUGUAAGAUCCAUAUUUCGAAUACCAUAUUGUAAAAUGAAAAAUGACGUGAUUACCUACUUAAAGUACAACAAACAAAAAAAAAAAGGAGACUUAUUUACAAAGAUAACAAAAAAAAAAACGAUAUUUAAGCUUACAAAAGCAUCUCAAAAGUUCCAAAGCCUAGAGAAAUCACUCCAAUAUUUCUCUAGCUCCACACUUUAUUCAAUACUCUUUUUAGUUAUUGCUCAAUUAAAAGUUAAUAGGUUUUCCCGAAUAAGCCAUCAAGUUAGCUUCUCUAAGAGCUUCCGCGCAGGUCGGAUGCGCGUGACAUACUCUAGCAACAUCCUCAGCUGAAGCACCUCACUUGUGCCAAUACUGCUUCAUUAAUCAACUCCCCAGCGCCAGGACCGAUAAUGUGAGUCCCCAAAAUCCUGUCUGUAGCCCUAUCAGAAAGCACCUUAACAAAUCCAUCAGUGUCAUUGUUUGUCUUUGCUCUAGAGUUGGCCAAAAACGGAAAUUUGCCUAUUUUAUAAUCGAUGCCUUCACUUUUAAGAUCUUCUUCACUUUUACCAACCCAACCAACUUCGGGAUGAGUAUAAAUAACUGAAGGCACGCAGUUGUAAUCAAUAUGAACUGCUCCUCCUAAAAUACCUUCGACACAAAUAAUACCUUCAUCUUCUGCUUUGUGUGCUAACAUAGGCCCAUGAAUACAAUCCCCAAUAGCGUAAAUAUUUGGAAUAACAGUUUGAAAUACUGAAUUAACUGGUACUCUGCCUUUUUGGUCUUUUUCAAUGCCCAUCUCUUCUAGGCCUAGGUUUUCAGUGUAAGGCCUUCUGCCUACACAAACAAGCAAAACGUCGCACUCCAUCUCUUCAGUUUUGCUGCUGUCUUUAACAUCUUGCACAUUAACUUUAAUGACGCCUCCAGAUUUUGAAGCACCUGUCACCUUGGUGCCUAAUUUAAACUUCAAGCCUUGUUUGACUAAAAUUUUUUGGAAAGAUUUUGAAACUUCUUGGUCAAUACCUACACCUCCAAUUGUAGGCAUAAACUCAAUUGCAGUUACUUCUGAACCCAAUCUGGACCAUACUGAGCCCAAUUCUACCCCAAUCACUCCUGCUCCAAUAACAAUUAAUCUUUUUGGUACUUCACGCAAAGACAAAGCACCUGUUGAAGAAACUAUUUGUUCUUCAUCAAUUUCAAUGCCAGGGAAUGGAGUGACUUCUGAACCGGUUGCGAUUAAAAUGUUUUUUGUGUUUACAACUUCAGUUGUACCAUCAGGUUUAAUAGCAGUCACUUGAUUAACGCCUGUGAUUUUUCCAUGGCCUGUAAUCAAAUCGACUUUGUUUUUUUUGAAAAGUUGCGCAAUUCCUCCGGUUAAGGCUUUAACUGCGGUGCUUUUUUGGCCCAUAAGUGAUUCUAAAUUCAAACGAAUAUUGUCGCUUUCGAUGCCCCUUUUAGCCAAAUCACCCGAAUGAGCCAUGUGAUAGUAAUGUGAAUUGUUAAGCAAGGCUUUUGAAGGGAUACAACCGACGUUUAAACAGGUUCCUCCUAAGGUGGCUGCUUUUUCUAUGCA